CGCCUCAAAGACCGCCUCGACAAACACUCCGACGCAAGCGACAGCGACAGCAGCAUCCACGCUCAACCCCACACAAACCGAUUCAACAAGCUCAAACGCAAAGCACGCUACGUCGCUCGUGGCAAGCUCGAUACAGGCGCUGGGAUCCAUGCAGAGUCCUCUGCGACGCAUGCGUAUGGAUCAAAACGAAGACGCGUGGUCGCAAAGUCACAUACAACACCCUUCACCGAUCCUGCUACAAGUACAGGCGGCGGGGGCGGCGUUGUCUCUGCAGAAAGCGAUGAUGAGGCAGACGCAUACCAUGAUAUUCACCUCGAUCAGAUCCUAGCGCAAGUCGAUGAACCAGCCGAUGUCGUGCAUCAUCCACAAGCACGCGCCGUCUUUCAACGAAAAGCACUCGGUGUGCUCUCUGCACAGGCACUCAGGACACUCUCCACGGAACAUGCACAUCGUGUGGAGCUGGCACGUCUAUUGACGGCUUUCCUGGGAGACGAUGCUGUGCUAUGUCCCACGUAUGAUCGUAACCUCGGCCUUCCACCAGACUCGGCAGAGGAAGCAAGGAGGUUACUACAGGCAGCACUGGACAGGAGUGAAGAGUACCUGCGAUGCAUGCAGAAGGUACGGGCGGGUUUGCUCAAGGCGGAUCGGUAUAGAGGCAAGAUUUAUGGGUGGUGCAAGGAUAGCGAU